AUGGCUGAACGCGUCCGCCAACGAGGCAUCAGCAUCUACCGGCCGAUAAUAUACGGCAACACCGCAACGGUCUUGACCCAGGAAGAAAGGAACGCGCUGAGCACGCCGGACCACACACACAAAUGGACCGUGGCAGUUAGAAGCGCCGCGUCCGCCCCCGAUUCUGACAUCGUUGGAGGGGCGGACGACCUCAGCUACUUUAUCAAGCGCGUCACUUUCAAGCUGCACGAGACGUAUCCGAAUCCUACGCGGAACGUGGAUAAGCCCCCGUUUGAAGUAUCUGAGACGGGCUGGGGAGAGUUCGAGAUCCAGAUCCGAAUAACGUUCGUCCCAGAGUCGGGUGAGAAGGCCAUCACGUUCUACCACCACCUCAAGCUUCAUCCAUGGACCGUGGCCGGCGAGCCUGAGAUCCCCCCUCUCGAGGAAGCUCUAAAACUGGGGCCAGUUCAUUCAUGGCAGUACGACGAAAUUGUCUUCAACGACCCCUUCCAGUCCUUCCUCCAAACGCUGCUUGCGCAUCCUCCUACACCACUCCCCAAGUCAAAGCGGAGACCCGUGCCUUUCCAUGUCGCUAAUCCAGGUUCAUUGGAAGCGUCCAAGGGAGGCGUACCAGAGUUCACCGCUGAUAUGGAGAAAGAGGAAGGCGAGAGACUGGAGACAGCCAAGCAAGCAGUUAUCGCGGAGACCGAUAAAUGGAGGGGCCUUCUCAUCGAGAAAGAGAAGGAGCUCGAGAGGUUGAAAAAACAAUUAGAAUCAUGA